AAAACACUUAAACUAGUCUAGUGAAAUGUUUUCAUCGACAACGAAGAAAUCCAGGCUGAUAGAUUUUGAUUUUAUACAUAAAUGAAAGAUGGCUAAUUAUGCAGAGGGCAUGAAGAAACCUGAUGACGAAGGUUUGCCAGAAGCCAAGACGAAGUGGCUUGAUGCCUACCACGACCCUGUAGCGUCGCUGUACACUUUCACGCAGUGCCUGGCUCUGUCCGACAUACACGCAGAUGGCGACUGCAAGCUGAUUAUUGCUGAUCUUGGGACCGGGAGUUACAACAUGAAACUCAAAGUUUACAAAAACACAAACCUUCUGAGUGAACAUACGAUAAUUGACCUUCCCACUGGUGUGGUCACAUUUUACAUGGAUGUUCUUGAGCCUAGAACAGCAGCUAUUGCAGUAGCCUCGGGUCCAUACAUUUACGUGUACAAGAAUCUCCGUCCUUACUUCAAGUUCACAUUGCCCCCACUGGAGGUGGAUCAGUUGGAACAGGAUCUCUGGAACCAAGCUGCUAAUGAUGACAUCAAUCUUUUUGUGCUAAGAGAAGCUUUGGAUACUUUACGACUCGAAGGAAAAACACUGACCGUCCGAUCCUUGAGGUUUAUUCAGCUUGAAGCAAACGAUCUGGAGAAUUUUGUCAAUUUACACAAGUCCUCUCCACUGAAAAGACAGACUGUGAUAACGUGUUUGAAGACCCUGAAGAAGUCGAUGGCGGAUGAGGACGCUAUAAGCUGUUUGGUGCUGGGGACGGAGAACAGAUCCAUAUACGUCCUUGACCCAGAGGCGUUUACUGUACUUUCAACUAUGGAGUUGCCCAGUGUCCCAGUGUUUAUCAGUGUCAAUGGUUUGUACGAUGUGGAGUACAGAAUCGUGGCCGCCUGUCGCAAUGGAUGUAUCUACACACUCAAGAGAGGAACAGCUGAAGGAGCAAAAUACACAAUAGAGCUGAACUCCCAACCGGUGGGUCUGGAGAGAAUCAACAAGAGUAUUUACGUCGGGUGUAUGGACGAAACGAUGCACUGCUUCACUUCAAAGGGUAAAAAACUUUGGACUGUUAAGCUUCCAUCGAGCAUUACGACGAUGGAAACGAUGGACUACAAGCCACGAGCAUUCGCUGCUGUACUGGUCGCUCUGAACAACUGUGAGGUGCACAUCUACAAGGAGAAGUAUCUCGUGGAUGUCAUUAAGAUGCCAGAUGUCAUCACGGGGAUGAAAUUUGGAAAAUUUGGGCGAGAAGACGGAACUCUGGUGAUGACAACUCGAGGUGGUGGAUUGUUUGUAAAGAUUCUCAAGCGCAGUACUGUCUUUGAGGAGAAGAAUCUUGUAUCGGGGCCUCCUGCUGCUCAAAACAUCAAACUUAACGUUCCCAAGAAGACAAAAUUGUUUGUCGACCAGACUUUACGAGAAAGAGAAAAUGCUGUUGAAAUGCACCGGACAUUCCAGCGAGAUUUGUAUCUUCUUCGACUGCGGACGGCGCGGGACUACGCUCGAGCACUGGAGAACAGCAUGAACCCCAUCUCUUCUGAUCCCACCGAACCCAUCAAGCUGUCCGCUCAAGUUCAAGGUAUCGGCCCCACCUUCAAGCUGACGGUGAACCUUCAGAACACGUCUCUGACCAUCCCCUCAUCAAACCUGGUCGUCACCUUCGACUAUGACAAUGGGUUGUACUCUUUCAGGAAAACUUUUAUACAGGUUCCAAUGCUUGUACCUGGACUGAACUACUCGUUUGAGACCUUCAUCGACUGUCUCAAUGAUAAAGGUAUCUCAGACGAUAUCAAGGUUUAUGUGUUAAAACAAAGUCGAAGCAUUCCCAUUGUGACAGGAGUUAUCAGUAUGCCAGUUAGUGAAGGCAUAGUGGUUGUGUAAAUCAACAUGGAACGAAAAACAUCUGGAACAAAACAGUGUGAUAUUAGUAAAGAAAGUAAUAGUGAUUCAGGGGCAGAUCCAGCAAAUAUUUUGCGGGUUGACUAAUAUGAACCGACUCGUCAAAGGAGAAUCCAAAUGCAAAAACAUAAUAACAAAAGAGAAAAAAAGGGCCACUUAAAUAUUUCUUUUGGGGGUGUGGGGGGUACCCUAGUCACCCCUGGAUCUGCCUCUGGUGGUGGUGUCAAUCAGCAAUGGAAUGGAAGCCAUCUUGGACAAAACAAUUUGACAACCCCUGCAAUUAAGAAAAUGUCUACGGCAAAAAAAAAAACCAUGCCACUGAAAAAAGCCCAGAAUAUAGUCCAAGGCAAAAAAGUGCUGUGGGCAAUUGCAGGGGUUGUUUGAUACUCUACGUCAUCACAGAGAUAAUGUACAGAGAAACUUAACACAGUACUAACAGAGAUGCCACGGUCCAUAUGUAUGGCAUCUUUUCUACAACAGUGAUGUUAAACUACAUCAUUACACAAUGUUUUCUAUUUAUUUUAUUAUGGCUGGUAGAAAAAAAGAAGCAUUUAUUUCCCUUUCCUCAUUGAUAGUCAAAUACAUGUAUUUAGAUCUAGAGGUCAAGAUAGACUGGUUCUUGCACCCAGUAAGAAUCUGACAGAUAAGAACUUGCUUUUAAUGCAAUAUCAAUGGAGACCAGUCUAAAUAUCAGCAUCUGGGCCCCAGAUUACCUGAACUACCGUAUGCACUUACGGUGAACUUGGCGCAAAGAUUGCAUCGUGGAAGGGGGCCCUGCAGGAUUCUCGGGACUGCAACUUGGAGUAUACCAAAUAGAUUCCUGUAAAUGACAAUGAUAAUGUAUGUGGCUAAAAUUCGUUAUGCAAUAUAUCAACUGAACUAUGACCCAUACAUUUGAAUACUACGACAUUUCCCUAAAAGUAUAAACUGAAGAAAGUGGCACAUUUUGGAUAUAAUGGGACGUGUCCACAGCACAAAAUUGCAGUACAUGUACCUAGUUUUUUGGAGGUACAUGUACCUCACAAUCAAGCACAAUCAUGGUACUUGACACAAUGCUACUGAAUUAAAUAACACUGCUUGUUAUUUCAUUUGGGCGAUAAAGAUCACCAUUGGUAGGACUGAUACAAUUAACUGUGAUAUCCAAAGUUAGGUGCACUUUGACCUGGCUAGAUGUUAUUUGGUAUAGUGCUACCUACAGAGUUUUAUCACCCUGUGCCUUUCAUACAAUCCUUACUUCACUACUGAGAAUGUAACAUAUAUCAAAAACUAUUAUAUUCUGGGAUAGAUUGGGGCCUGUUUCGAUUGCAAAAGAGUCUUUUUAUCUAUACAUUGAACCCAACCUAUUUUAUUCAUUGUUGUGAUUGUAAUAUUGAAUGCAAUAAUAAUAAAACUAUUAUCAGCCAUAAA